UCUCUGGGAGCACAGCUCAGACAGGAACAGCUGAAAAAGAACAACAAAGCCACGACGACGACGACGGUACAAACAACAGAUGUUCGUCUAAAAUAUACGUCAAAUAUCGGUGACAUCGUCGCUGGUGGGGACAUUUUGUGCCACUUGAACUAAUCAGAAACGCUGUAGUUGAGUCACUCCCAGAGAUUAAACAAUGGGACGUAUCUUCUUGGACCACAUUGGUGGAACACGCCUCUUCUCCUGUGCCAACUGUGACACCAUCCUGACUAAUCGGUCUGAGCUUAUCUCAACACGUUUCACAGGAGCCACGGGCAGAGCGUUCCUCUUCAAUAAGGUGGUGAACCUGCAGUACAGCGAGGUUCAGGACAGAGUGAUGCUUACCGGCAGGCACAUGGUGAGAGACGUUAGCUGCAAGAACUGCAACAGCAAGCUGGGUUGGAUCUAUGAGUUUGCUACUGAGGACAGUCAGCGGUACAAGGAGGGACGUGUCAUCCUGGAGAGGGCGCUGGUUAGGGAGAGUGAGGGCUUUGAAGAGCAUGUCCCCUCAGACAACUCAUGAGCCCCUAAAGUUGGAUUAAUUGAUAUGGGAAGGCUCACUCCUUUGUCCUCCUUUCCCUCUCCCUUAUCCCUUUGCCUCUGUGCUGCGUACUGCCACCUGCAGACUUAGUGGUCAGUGAAGUUUUGCCUUCACUCCCCGUACCCCCUCCCUGUCUCUGGCCUAUGACUCUAGACCUCUGCUGAUUAGAAGAUUGGUUUGCUGGAUCUGUUCUUGCUGAAUAGGCUUCCCCAAAAUACUCCCUGAUUUAUGUGUCACAGGGUACCCCCCCCCCCCCCUUCCCUUUCCUUCCCUUCCCUUCCCUUCCCUUCCCUUCCCUUCCCUUCCCUUCCCCUUCCCCUCCCCAAAACAGCUGGGGACACUGUUAGGAGUUGUAACUUCACGUGUUUAAGUGUUCAUGCACGGUCACACACAAUUUUCAUCAUCGCUGCACAAGGCAUGCUCCACACAUUUUCAUAUGGCAGUUAAAUACAUGCAUGAUAAUAGACAUGGUCAGUCACAUCAACAAAACAUCACCUGGUUGUUUUGUUUAUUUAGAUAAGUGGAGGUAGUAGAGCUGAGUAUGUUCAUCAUCCAGCCCAGUCUACACUGCUGUGUCAAAUGAACCAGUGGAGGUGUCACUCUACAUGUUUUGUUCAUGGGGCUUGUGCUUCUGUGUUGUGAACUUUGUCUCAAUGUAUUUGUCAUGUCGUGAGCCCUGAACACAAUUAAGACAAUGAUAGUUGUAAUUUCUAUAUCGGUUACCUUUUAUUAGCUGGUAGUGUAAAGAAUGUAGUUGUGUUUCAAAUCGCUGUUCUCAUUCAAAUGAUACCGUAAGAAUCGCACAGAAUGAUGUCAUAUUUAAGUAUUCAUUGUUGUGUUUGAUGAUGAUAAUAGCAGUUUUCUUUAGGUUUGGCUCACAUGAUGUGCAAUUAUUUUGAUUGACAUGACAUUUUUGAAAUAUACAGAGUGACUUUAAUGUCCCAUUUUUGCAGUUCACGGUAUGGAAGCGAGCUCCUAAACAGAAGAAAAUAGUUGAAUUGCUCCUACAGUUUUAUUAAUUUCUAUCAAUCAGCAUCUGAUACCAUGGAUUGUGUGCCUGUGUGUGUGUGCCGUGUGAAGAGCAACAUGUCACUUCGGUGAUAUAUCAGGAGCAUGUACCUUCCAGCCAUGUGACAGAGGAGGAAUGUGUCUGAGGUGUGAUGGACACAUUCUCUGGCUGCCUGCUGGCUUAAGGACAGGAUUAUGAGAGGAUGGGUCAAUACAGGCAUUCAAAAUGAGCUGGGUGACAGUGAGGGACAAACUAACAGAGCCUCUGAAGGAAUAACUUGAACCACAACAAAAUAGGGAUUCAGCAAACAGUCUUUUCUGUAACACAGCACAUUGUUGGAAACGACAACAAACCAAAAAUAAGUUUUCAAUUAAGCUUGAGUCUGAUUUUUGAACUGUUUUUCGUGUAAAUUCAUUUUAGCAGUUGAAUGCUGAGGCUGACCCGGAGGGUCAAAUUACUCCUAAGAUAGUGACCCUUUCUCUUUUUAUAAUCCUGGGCUUAGAGCACAUUUGGUCAUAAGAUGACUUGUUCCUUACAACACAAAGCCAAACGAGCUUUGAUGGAGUAAUAUGUCUUUAAAGUCAAGCCUGACUCUCUGACUAGGCCAGAGCCUCUUUUUUAUAUUGUCAGUAAAGAUUUCAAAAUGUCAAAUUGUUAAGAAAAAAAAAAAGAAAAAAAAUCUCAGUUUUCAUGACAUUUGAGGUUAUUUUUGGACUGGGUUGUUGCCCAGCAUCACGGCCCUGGUGUAACAUUGUGCCAUUUCAGAUGGUGAAUGCCUGCAGGCGUUACCAGAAUGGUCCAGCCUUCACAAGUGACACUGGUAAUGUUUUUGCAUGCCUUUAGACAAGGUCAUGCAAGAAUGUGCAAGUUGUCAUUUCUACAAAAAAAUGUCAUAUUAAAUAUAUUCAGGCCACUGACAUCAUCCAUAUCCCCAGGUCAGUGCAGUGUACAGUCAAUGGCCAUGACAGAAUAUAGUUAUCAUAUAUUGUUCACUUUUAGCAUUUUAUUGGUAGGCCAACUGUUUUUAUUUGCUUUACUCUAUAUUAUUAUUAUUUUAUUGACUGAUGCAUUUAUCUUGAAUAUUUUCCUGAUUGGAGGUUUGAAGAAAAUGUUUUCUUGUAUGGUUAUAGCAAGAUUUUCUCUGAUGUGAUUUCUAAAUAAAGAUAUAGUCUUGCUGGGUUAAAUAA